GAUGACAUCAUCAUAUUACAUCAUCACAUGACAUCGUCUCCAUCAGCCGUGUCUACUCCUUCACAUCGACACACACUCCCAUUUCUGCAAUACAACUCACAUUGCCAUCUGCCCGCUGAACUACCAUUGGCUCUAGGUCAUUCAGAGUACCAUGGGUUCUAGAUCCUUCAGACUACAAUGGGUUCUAGAGCCUUCAGACUGUCAUGGGUUCUAGAUCUGUCAGACUACUAGAGCCUUCAGACAACAAAGGGUUCUCGAUCCUUCAGACUACCAUGGCGUCUACAUCCUUCAGAGUACAAUGGGUUCUGGAGCCUUCUCACUACAAUGAGUUCUAGAUCCUUCAGACUACAAUGGCCUCUAGGUCCUUCAGACUACCAUGGGUUCUAUAGCCUUCAGACUAGUACAGGCUCUAGAUCCUUCAGACUACCAUGGGUUCUACAUCCUUCAGACUAAAAUGGGUUUCUGGAACUUUCAGACUACCAUGGGUUUUAGAUCCUUCAGCCACGAUGGGUUCUAGGCAGAGCGUAAAAUUAACACCUGCCAAGCGCCAAUGGCGGGUAAAAAAUUAGUUUGGCGUGUAAAACAAAAACACACGCCCGCCAGUGGCCGAUGGAAAAUUUUGAAUUGCAUGUGAGUUUUUGUUUUCAUACUUUCGACCAUUUCUGCCGACUGCCAGGCUAUUUUGACCCUCGCGGCACGCUGUACUUGUGUUGUGAUUUGGUACGACGGGAACGGCGUGACGUCAGCUACUAGAGUUCUAUUCAUUCCCUUUGUUUGAAGAAGCACAGCGGGAAAAGCGUAUUGAGGAAGAUGUGGCGACACAUUCCCGGCGUGAAGCCACCACAAACAAAAAGGAUAAACAAAGAGGUAGGAGACGAUCAAGAAGAGGAACAGACAGCAAAACGGAGUAAUGUCACUAUACGACAUUUCAAAGAAAACUGGAAAAUUGAUGAGGCUGGCCAACCUCGGUCCUGGCUGACUUACGACCCAAAAAAACACAACAUGAGCUGCAGCCUUUGCCGCAAAUACACGAAGGAUAAACAGAAGCAAAACCCAUUCGUUGUUGGCACAACGAACAUGAAAUUGGAAAGUAUUAAGGACCAUGAAAAGUCAAAAUGCCACAGUGACAGCUUAAAAACCUUGCAGCCUGUGAGCAUAACCCGUGUCAUCAAGUCAGUGACAGCUAUACCAGACCCAACAAAACGAAAACUUUUCACCAUGUUCAGGACCGUACACGCAUUGGCAAAGAAGGGAAGGCCGAUGGCCGACUUCGAGUGGAUCUGCGAGUAAGUGUUUUAACUCUUAAGUUACUGUAAAAUUUGUGGGAACUGUUGUAUAUUAGUUAACGUAACGUAAAUGUCAAUGACGCUUUUCAUCGGCUACUGUCUCCUGUUUACGUUACCUUAUGAACGCUAACGUUCAGUAAUAUGUAACGUUACACUCAGUCGCACACAGUAGCAGUCCUGAGCUACAGUUUGAGCAAUGUUUGUGUAACCGGCACCAGAUCUAGGGUAUCUGGACCUGUCCAUGUGAUACAUGUGAUUUUAGACCGCAUCAUUUGCAUUAGAUAUUCAGGUGACAUUCACUUUGUCCACACUAAUUAUAAUAUUUUUCUCUUCUUAUCUUUUUAGGCUGGAUGAAAUGAAAGAGCUGCCAGUAGGGAAAACCUAUAGGAAUAAAGUAGAGGCAAGAGUGUUCCUCCAUUAUAUAGCAGACAUGGAAAGAAAAAAAAUUGAAGACAGAUUGGGGAGGGCGAAAUUUAUUAGUAUAAUGAGUGAUGGCUCAACAGAUAGUGCUGUAAAGGAGCAGGAGAUGGUCUAUGUUAGAAGCAGUGUGGGGGGAAAAAUUGAGUCCAAAUUUGUUGGGAUUGAUGCAGUUGACAAGGCAGAUGCAGAAAACAUAACAAAGGCCAUCAAAGAUGUCAUGGAUAAGGUCAGUCAACAGUGGGAAGUUAAGCUUGUGGCAGUAGCCACUGAUGGAGCUGCAGUGAUGGUUGGAGUGAGGACAGGGGUGGUCCAGCGUCUGAGGAGAGACAGACCAUAUCUAGUUGGAGUACACUGUAUGGCGCACAGGUUGGAGCUAAGCUUUAAAGAUUCGGUAAAAAACAUAGUCCUUUUCAAAAAAGUAGAAGAGCUCCUCACAGGCCUGUACACUUUCUACCAUGUUAGUCCCUUAAAUCGCUCUCACCUCAAGAACAGCUUUGCAGCACUGAAAUUGGCACCUAUCAUGCCCACAAGAGUCGGUGGCACAAGGUGGGUGGCCCACCUCCUAUGUGCCAUUGACCACUUCCUGAGAGGCUACCCAGCCAUAAUGCAUCACUUAAACGGGAUCACAUCCCCAGACGUUCAAGGUGUAAGUGCUGUGCAGCAGUGCAAAGCGAAGAGCUUCAGUGCAACUGCCAAGGAAGCUGUUGUGCUUAGAUUCAGUGGGUUCCUACAUGACACACUGAGCCAUCUCAGCAGAGUAUCAGAGAGACUGCAGAAGUCGGACAUCUCCAUCGCUGACGCCCACAGUUGUCUGAGCUCCACACAUGCUGUAUUGGAGAGUUACAAGACCAGAUUUUGGUGAUGCACAAAUUGAUGUGCUCGCUGACCACUUCUCCCCUGUUCUAUCGUCUCCUGAACACAUCCCCGAUGAGUGGACCCUGCUCAAAGCCAGACUUUACCUUGAGCCACAGCUGCUGACAACCCUGACCUGGGAGGAUGUCAACCGGCUUCAUAGGGACACCUGUCCUAACGUCCUGGAACUGAUAGACCUCAUCCUCACCAUCCCUGCAUCAACCGCCGACUGCGAGAGGGGCUUUAACAUCAUGAAAGUGGUGAAAUCAGACUGGCGGUCAAGCUUAAAGGCAGACACACUGUCUGACCUUCUGCUUAUGCAGCUCUCAUCUCCACCCAUUUCUGAGUUUGAUCCCAGUGCUGCUGUCGAGUUGUGGCACACUGACUGCAUAAGAGGUCGGAGGCCUAAUUUUAAGGAUUGUUCUAAGCAGGUUGCUGACACAGACUCAGACAUGUCUGACUCUGAGGCUGAUGAUGUGGUGAUUACCUGAGCCACAAGGACAGUAGAGUCGAGGAGGCCUACCUUUAAAAAAAAAAGGCAGAUGCAAAUGCACUUGUAUUCAUAUAGCAUUCUAGAAAAAUAUCUAUGGUCUGUGGAGUUCAUUUCAUUUAGACUCAAUCUCAGUUGAUGUUUUUUUCAUUCUUUUCCCUUUUCCUGCGGGUUAAACGGAACGUUCCUGUUAAAGCUGUGAGACAGACAUUUGGCUCACUCAGUCAAUGUAAAAGGUUGCACUUUUGAAUAUUUUUAAUACAUGAUGAUGCAGCAGUCACCUUGAAAUGAAAUAUAACCUAAUAAAAUAGCAAUAAUCUAAUUGUGUCUGUACAUAACUGUAUUCUUUAAGUGAUGCUUAAGUUGGAUUUUCAUAAUAAAAACUUAUGGUAAUUAUUUUAAAUCAAAUAAGGCAUGAUUUUUUUAUUUGGUCGGUGAAAAAUAUUUUUGGCCGGUAAAUUUUUGGAGGUCACUAGCCAAUGGCAGGUGAGGUAAAAAGUUAAUUUUACACCCUGGUUCUAGGUCCUUUAGAUUACCAUGGGUUCUAGAUCCUUCAGACCACCAUGGGUUCUAGAUCCUUCAGACCACCAUGGGUUCUGGACCCUUCAGAUUAAAGUGGCCUCUAAAUCCUUCAGACUACAACGGAUUCUAGAUCCUUCAGACUACCAUGGCGUCUAGAUCCUUUCAGACCACCAUAGCCAUGAUAUCCUUCAGACUACCAUGGGUUGUAGAUCCUUCAGACUGCAAUGCAUUCUAGAUCCUUCAGACUACCAUGGGUUGGAGAUCCUUCAGACAACCAGGGGUCUAGAUCCUUCAGACCACCAUGGGUUCUAUACCCUUCAGACCACCCUGGGUUCUAGAUCCCUCAGACUACCAUGGGUUCUAGAUCCUUCAGACCACCAUGGCGACUACAUCCUCAGGACCACCAUGGGUUCCAGAUCCUUCAGACUACGAUGGCCUCUAGGUACUUCAGACUACAAUAGGUUCUAAAGCCUUCACACCACAAUGGGUUCUCGAUCUUUCAGACUGCAAUGGGUUCUAGAUCUUUCAGACUACCAUGGGUUCUAGAUCCUUCAGACUACCAUAGGUUCUAGAUCCUUCAAACUACCAUGGCCUCUAGAUCGUUCAGACUACAAUGGGUUCUGGAAUUUACAGAUUACCAUGGGCUCUAAAGCCCUAAGACUACCAUGGGUUCUAGAUCCUUGACCCUUCUGGAUUCUAGUUCCUUCAGAUUACCAUUGCUUCUAGAUCCUUCAGACUUCAAUGGGUUCUAGAUCCUUCAGCCUUUAAUAGGUUCUAAAUCCUUCAGACUGCCAUGGGUUCUUGAUCAUUCAGACCACCAGGGGUUCUAGAUCCUUCAGCCCACCAUGGGUUCUAGAUCCUUCAGACCACAAUGGGUUCUAGAUCCUUCAGACCACCAUGGGUUCUAGUCCCUUCAGACUACAAUGGGUUCUGGAUCCUUCAGAUCACCAUGGGUUCUAGACCCUUCAGACUACAAUGGGUACUAGAUCCUUCACACUACAAUGGGAUCUAGAGCCUUCAGACUACAAUGGGUUUUAGAUCUUUCAGACCACCAUGGAUUCUAGAUACUUCAAACUACAAUGGGUUCUAGUUCUUUUCAGACCACCAUGGGUUCUAGAUCCUUUCAGACCACCAUGGGUUCUAGAUCCUUCAGACUAUCGUGUAUGUGUGUGUGUGUGUGCGUCUCGUCUCUGAUGAUCAGAAUUUUUUGGAUGCUAUGGUGUUUCCAUGGAGACGAU